AUGAUAGACCUGAACAAGAACACAUACGCAGAAAUGGAGACGCCGAAAGCCCAAGAAUUCAACCAUCCCUACUCGCCUUAUGACAUCCAAGUCCAGUUCAUGCAGUCAUUGUAUAAUUGUCUUGACGAGAGCAAAAUUGCUAUAUUUGAGUCUCCGACUGGGACUGUGAGCCUCCACCAUGGGAAAUCCCUGAGCUUGAUAUGCGGCUCUUUGACCUGGCUCCGGCACCACAAACGGAAAUUUUUCCUCGACGCGGUGCAGGACACAACCUGUGAUGAUGACGAGCCCGAGUGGAUGGUGGAAUUCGCAAAGCGCGAGGCAAGUCGUGCGAUUACCCAGAAGCGAGAGGAGCUCGAACUGCGACUAGCAGGGAUUAAACAAGAGGAAGAAAGGCAGAGAGCCGCAAUCGAAAACCCAGAGGGACAGAGAAAGCGGCAGAAGCUGUCGCUGGCAAACGAAGAUGCCGAAGACGAUGAUCAAUUUGUAUUGGACGAUUACGAAAGUGAGAGUGACGAGCCUAGAUCCUCCCUGAAAGGAUCUACUACCUCCAGCGGGCUCUCUUCCAGCACACUUGAACUAUUGGCACGCUUGAAAGGACCUGGGCCAAACAUCAGACUUGAAGAAGACGAAGACUGCGGUGUCAAAAUAUUAUAUUCCUCGAGGACGCAUUCACAACUUAUGCAAUUCGCGAACGAGUUGAGGCGCGUUACGAUGCCAUCUAGCAUCCCCGAGAGCUUGAGGAAGGGUCUUCGCGAGGAAAAGGAGCUAGGGGAACGCAUCAAGCAUCUCUCACUCGGUUCUCGGAAAAAUCUGUGCAUCAAUCCCGGGGUGUCCGCUUUGGGAAAUCCCACGGUGAUUAAUGAACGUUGCUUGGAACUACAGCAACCUAACACAGCGGCACAUCUUCGAUGUCCAUUUCUGCCGUCGAAGGAGGAUGAACUGAAAUCCACGUCAUUCCGGGACCAUGCCCUUGCAAGCGUGAAAGAUAUUGAGGACUUGGGAAAAUUGGGCAAAAAGAUGGGCAUAUGCCCCUACUAUGCUUCCCGCCCGGUUGUCAAUCAUAGUGAAAUUAUAACUCUUCCGUACCCUUUGCUCCUACAAAGGUCUGCUCGAGAGGCCCUUGGUCUCUCGAUCAAAGACCAUGUAAUUAUAAUCGACGAGGCCCACAACUUGAUGGACGCGAUAUCCAACAUCCAUUCUGUCACAGUUACGCUCUCUCAAUUACGGACUUCAAUUUUCCAGUUGACGACAUAUGCUCGCAAAUUCAAAACUCGCCUAAAAGGUAAGAACCGCAGCUACGUUGCUCAGGUCAUCCGCUUGGUCAGCUCUAUAGCAGAUCAUCUCCAGUCCAUCUUGAGCAGCGAACAGCCUACAGAAGGUUCUGUACUCCCAUCCGACUUGAUGAUAGGAAAGGGGAUCGAUCAGAUCAACCCUUACAAACUAUGCCGAUACCUGCAGCAGAGCAAGCUCGCGAGAAAAGUUGACGGCUACGUUGAUUACUCACAAAGAACAGCGGACGCGCAACCGAAGCCCAAAACUACGGUUCCCGUUCUUUUCCAUGUACAAAGCUUUUUGCUGCCGUUAAUGAAUCUCUCUUCUGAAGGCAGGUUAUUCUAUACGAAGAUCUCUGGGGAUAUUCAGUUGAGUUAUAUGCUUCUUGACCCAACAAAUCACUUUCGGGAAAUUGUCGAAGACGCUAGGGCUGUUAUACUGGCCGGAGGAACCAUGUCUCCUAUGUCUGACUAUAUGGACCAUUUAUUCUCAUAUGUCCCGAAGGAUCGUUUGAAUACAUUCAGCUAUGGUCAUGUCAUUCCUUCGGAGAACCUGACUGCGCAUAACUUAGCUCGAGGUGUUUUCAACUCUGAAUUUGACUUUACCUAUGGCGGCCGUGACUGCGAGAAGAUGAUACUUGACCUCGGACAGACGAUCAGUCAGUUGUGUCGUGCCAUACCCGAUGGCGUUGUUGCUUUCUUUCCGAGCUACGACUAUCUAAGCCGGGUGCUGAGCCUAUGGAAGAGAACAAUUGCAUGCGAAAAUAAGCAAACACUGUAUGAACUGAUCGAGAAAGAGAAGCCGAUACUAUACGAAUCCAAAGAAAUGGAAAUCACAACAGAUGAUUUCCUAAGCCAUUAUGCCCACAUCAUUGAAAAGGGUCGGGGGGCGUUGCUCUUGUCCGUGGUUGGUGGCAAGUUGUCUGAGGGAAUCAAUUUCUCAGACAAACUAGGCAGAGGUGUACUAAUUGUCGGUCUCCCAUUCCCUAAUGUACGAAGCCCGGUUUGGCAAGCCAAAAUCGAUUUCAUUGAACAGAAGGCUUAUCAGAACGAGCUAUCUGGCUCUGAAGACACUCGGCGAUCGUCUGCCAAGGCCGCUGGGAGGGAUUUCUAUGAGAACGCUUGUAUGCGGGCCGUGAACCAAUGCAUCGGCAGGGCUAUUAGACACCGCCAUGAUUAUGCCGCCAUCGUGCUUAUUGACAAGCGAUACGGACGAUCAAACAUUCAGGAAAAGCUACCUGGCUGGAUCAAACAGAGCCUAGAGAAGGAGUCCGCUCUUUUGCCGGCAGCGGCAACCUUGGAUGGGUUAUCGCGGUUCUUUCGCAACAAAAAGUGA